AACCCGGACAUCGCCAUCACCGACAACGUGCUGCACUUCAAAGCUCAGGGUCAUGGUGCCAAAGGGGACAACAUCUACGAAUUUCAGAUCGAGUUUCUAGAACCGGUUGAGCCUAAACCUGUAUGCAGGGUGACUCAAAGGCAGCUGAACAUCACUGUGCAGAAAAAAGAGAGUAACUGGUGGGAGAGACUCACCAAGCAAGAGAAGCGUCCGCCCUUCCUAGCUCCUGACUUCGACCGCUGGUUAGAUGAAUCGGAUGCUGAAAUGGAACUGAAGGAGAAGGAAGAAGAAAAGAUUAACAAAAUGAAAAUAGAAUCCAGAGUCCCAAAAGACCCUUUCAAACACCUGAAGAAGGGAUACUUAAUAAUGUAUAAUCUUGUACAGUUUUUGGGAUUCUCCUGGAUUUUCGUGAACAUGACAGUACGACUGUUCAUCUUAGGAAAAGACUCCUUCUAUGACACGUUUCACACUAUUGCUGACAUGAUGUAUUUCUGCCAGACCCUGGCAUUGAUGGAGAUCGUGAAUUCGCUGAUAGGACUGGUCAGGUCACCGCUGAUACCGGCUGUAGUGCAGAUAUUUGGAAGAAACUUUAUUUUGUUUGUUGUCCUUGGAAGCUUGGAGGAAAUGCAGAGCAAACCCGUGGUGUUCUUCAUAUUUUAUUUCUGGAGCAUCACUGAGGUGUUCAGGUAUCCGUAUUACAUGCUUUCCUGCCUCGGUAUUGAAUGGAAACCACUCACCUGGCUCCGUUACACUACCUGGAUCCCCCUCUACCCUUUAGGAGGCUUGGCAGAAGCCGUCUGUAUCGUUCAAUCCAUUCCAAUCUUCAGUGAAACGGGAAAAUUUAGUUUGGGAUUGCCAAAUCCACUGAACGUCACAAUCCAGUUUUCAUUUUUGCUUCAAAUAUACCUUAUAGCCUUGUUUUUAGGGGUGUUUGUAAACUUCCGUCAUCUCUACAAGCAAAGGAAACAGCACCUCGGACCAAAGAAGAGAAAGAUGAAGUGAAGGAGGACUGCAGUGCUCUCCUACCUAACCUGUCUCAGUGACAAGAUAAGCCUCUAAUUCUUAACAGUUUUACCCACUGGAAAGAGUUUUGUAAAAUGAAGUGAUCACGCUAGAUUUCAUGAUUUUGUAGUGAAUUCAGGUAACAUUCCCAUCUGCUGUAUUUUGUUCCCUUUCAAUCACAUAUGCAUGGCAUUUACCACUGAACAGAGACAUCCAAACCUGUAUCCUCUCAACUACCAUGUUAGAAAGAAAUCCUGUGAUCUGCAUAUAAUAUGCUUAUAAACAGUGGAGCAGCACUAAAUAGGAACAGUGAUUAUCUUUUAAUUGGGUAUUUGCUCUUUCAACAUUGCAUGCAGAUAGGGCUUCUGAUGUUGGGAUACACCGUCAGCCCGUGCCGUUCCUAUGGCCUGUGCCAUUCCUAGGGUGCAUCCUGAUGGCAGGAGGAGCACAGUCCGAGACUGCUGUGAGGUGUUUGGGCGUUUAUUAACCAUUGGGGU